CCUACUUUAAAGUAAACCCGUCUCGAUAAACCUAUAUCCUACCCACCUGUUACUCGUCUGCUCUUGUGUGCUCUUGUCUUCGAUCCCGUAGGUGCCCUGCAGCGCUUCCGAAUAGCAUACCAUAUCAAAAUGCCUGCCAACUUCAACGCACCACGACCUUUCUCGGCCGCGUCGCCUGUCUACCCGCACUACCUCCCAGCUCUACACAAGUCAGGACGUGUCGAGAGGACGAUUGCUACUGCAACAAUCGCAGCCGUAGGAAUUGGAUACGGCCUAGCAAAAUACAAAGCCGUCAAGUCCGAGAAGUGGCAGCAGGAACACCACGUCCAACAGGAACAGCUGUUCCGCAGCGCCGAGGCCAUCCCGGCCACUGUACCGAUACCCGUGCCCACGGCGGAGGCGCGCCGAAAUGAGGCUCUGGAGAAGGCGUACGGCGAACGUUCGAGCCUUAGCGAACUCGAAGCUGCCGUCGCGGCAUAUGAGUCGCGGCGGAAGGACUAAUAAAUAAACACACUCACUAUAUGCGCGCGCGCGUGUUUGUUUUUUUGGUCUCGGGUAUUUGGGGGGAGGGGGUAUGAGAGAAUA